GAUUUCUAAAUUUUCGGGGUAAAUCUUUCCGGAGCUGAUAAAGUGGAUGCGUCGGAUUUCGUUUUGCUCAAAGUUUUAGGAACUGGAGCUUAUGGUAAAGUGUUCCUAGUGAGGAAACGGGGCGGAUCGGACGAUGGUCGACUCUACGCCAUGAAAGUACUGAAAAAGGCAACGAUCGUCCAAAAGAAAAAAACGACUGAACACACGAAAACGGAAAGACAAGUCUUGGAGGCCGUCCGAGACAACCCUUUCCUUGUUACUUUACAUUAUGCCUUCCAGACGGAUGCCAAAUUGCACCUCAUAUUAGAUUACGUAGCUGGUGGAGAACUCUUCACUCAUUUAUACCAAAGAGAACACUUCACCGAAGAUGAAGUUCGUAUUUACAUCGGAGAAAUAAUCUUGGCCUUGGAACAUUUACACGCUCUGGGCAUAAUCUACAGGGACAUCAAACUAGAGAAUAUUUUGGUGGACGAAUCCGGCCAUAUUGUCCUCACUGAUUUCGGACUGAGCAAGGAGUUGCCGAAGGAAAACGGCGAACAAAGGGCGUAUUCCUUUUGCGGGACGAUCGAAUACAUGGCUCCGGAAGUAGUUAGGGGUGGAACCCAAGGACACGAUAUCGCUGUUGACUGGUGGUCCGUAGGGGUAUUGACGUACGAGUUGCUCACCGGGGCGUCUCCCUUCACCGUGGAGGGCGAAAGGAAUCACCAGCAGGAGAUCUCCAGGAGGAUAUUGAGGACUACUCCCCCAAUUCCUGAUUCACUGGGAGCUGACGUAGCGGAUUUCAUUAAACAACUUUUAGUAAAAGACCCUAGGAAACGUUUGGGAGGUGGAGAAGAAGACGCCAAUGAACUGAAACGGCACAGUUUCUUCAGAGGUUUAGACUGGGACAAACUUGCCAGGAAAGAAAUUCCUGCUCCUUUCAAACCAAUUAUAAAAAAUGAACUGGAUGUUUCCAACUUCAGCGAGGAAUUUACAGCCAUGCCCCCCACUGACUCACCAUCCUCAGUUCCCGUAAACUAUGGAAAGAUCUUCAAGGGCUACUCCUACGUUGCUCCGUCGGUUCUCCUGAGCAAAAACGUCAUUUCCGAAGAUAUUCUCCAUCCGAAACGAGAGCACGACAAUCUGGAAAACUUCGCUCUCGGAAACAGUCAGUUCUUCCAGUCGUACGAUGUAAAUUUCGGCGAAGAAAUCAUAGGAGACGGAACUUUCUCCAUAGUCAGAAGAUGCGUGCAAAAGUCCACCGGUAAAGAAUUCGCCGUCAAGAUCGUUAGCAAAGCGCGCGACUGUACCCAGGAAGUGAAUCUCCUACGAGCCUGUCAAGAUCACCCCAACAUAGUUUCCCUUCACGAGUUCAUCCAAGACGAGAAUUACACCUACCUCGUGUUGGAGUAUUUAAAGGGCGGUGAGCUCUUUGAUCGAAUACGAAUGAAGUCGAGAUUUACAGAGUCCGAGGCGUCCAGCAUUCUCAGGAAGCUCGUUUCGGCUGUGAGUUUCAUGCAUUCGAGGGGUGUUGUGCAUCGCGACUUGAAACCGGAGAACUUGGUCUUCACUUCGAAAGACGACAACGCCGAAAUAAAAAUCAUAGACUUUGGAUUCGCUAGGUUGAAGGAAGAGAAGGAGUCCUUGCACACGCCUUGUUUCACUCUACAUUAUGCUGCCCCUGAGGUACUGAAAGGUGAUCCCGAAGGGUACGACGAAAACUGCGAUUUGUGGAGUCUUGGGGUGGUUUUGUACACUAUGCUCUGCGGUAAGGCUCCUUUCCACGCCAGGUCUACCGACGAGAGUGUAACUUCGAUCAUGGAACGCAUCAAGGAGGGUGAUUUCAAUUUCGAUUCUCCCACUUGGCAGGGCGUCAGCAACGAGGCGAAGCAGGUUGUCCAGGGACUGCUAACGGUCAAUCCUGCGCUACGAUUGAGGAUGUCCGAUCUCCAGAACAAUCCUUGGGUACAGGGCAGUCAAAACUUCUCACAAACUUCGCUUAUGACUCCUGAGGUGCUGGGAAGCUCGGCGGAAAAGAGCUUGCAGACAACCUUCAACGCCUUCCACCAAGCGCAGAGAGAGGGAUUCAGGUUACAGGACGUUCUGAAUGCCAAACUCGCUCAACGUAGGCGCAAGAAGAAAAGUUCAUCAGAGAACAACAGUUCUUCCUCAUCAUUCACGAGUGAAGGUUCUCUCAAGAGUUCCAACACCCUCACAAAACCCAAACUAUCUCUCGAACCCAAAAAGACUGAAAAUGCACCCAACAAAGACGAAACUGUUGUUUCAACGCAGCAAGAAAAAGACAAUAGCGAGAACCGCGUCACCGAAUACUUACAAACAAUCACCUCUAACCCCACAAACUCUAACGUUUCAUUGUCGAAUUACAGUGUACGUACUUCGGACUCCAGCAAGUGUGAGAGUAGAACAAGUGAAACGAUACGCGAGUCUACGAGUUCUAGUGGCAUUGUGGUAUCAGACAAGAAUUCCAUCGACAGCAACAAGGAAAGGAAGAAAAGACAGAAGAAGGUUUACGUACAAACUAGGCAGAGCGAAAGGAUAAGACGAACUAGGUUGGAGAUUGACGGAGAACCGCCAGUGGAGUUCAUAUCUCUACCAAACAGGACGAGGAAGCGAAAACUGGAAGAUAUAUCUGAACACCCUGAUACGCCUCAAUCAAAAAUCAGGAAAAACGCAUGUGGCUCCUCCUCCACCGCCGUCAUUGGAAAGGGAAGAAAAAAGAUCCUCUGUUAGGCCAUCUGAUUUCUUUUCUUCAAUUUAUAGUUACUGUUUUGUUAGUUUGUAUGUGAUUUAGGUGUUAGUCAAGGUUUGGAUGUGUGAGUCCAAUCUUAGUUGAUAUAGUGUGUGUAAAUCGAAUGGAAGUAAAAAUGUAAUUGUUACCAGAAAAAUCUGAAUGUGAUAAAAAUGGCGAGACAAAGAUUAGGUUUCCAUUUAGAGAAAUUUUUGUUUUUUUCCCAGGUACGUUGUUUGUUUUCAUAAGGUGGUGUAAAAUGAUAUGGUUGAAACAAUUUAGAAGGCUGUGAUACACGUUUCUUGACAGUUUUUACAGGGUUUCUUCCUGAAGAAUUUUAAAGUAAUGCAUUAUUUUUCAUUAGGAGUUUUACUUUUACAAUCAAUCUUCAGAUAUGUGAAUUUCUGAGAGGCCGUUGAGAACUUUAUGAAAAUUUGGAACUACAUUAGAAUUUUGAGUACCAUCUGAAUUUUUUCAAAAUCAUGGUUCAACUGUUUUAUCAUGUGCGAAAUUAUAAUAUUUUGAAUAAAUAUGCAACUGAAGAAUGUGUGAUUUAGUCCAAUUUUCGAUUUAUUCAAAUGUUUAUGAAAUGUAGGCCAAACUGUCAGAAAUUCACCACACUUUUACGAUUGCCUUUCCUAUAGAAAACAAUCAGUAUACCGUUUCCAUUUUUAUUUCACUGAAAAAACUGUUUAAAGUGCACUUCCUAGAGUGAAUGCUAAAUAAAUGAAGAAAAAUACCAAAAAAUUGUAUAUAUUAUUACUAAUAUAUAAAACAAAAUAUAGAAAAUUUUUUGUAAAUUGUAUACUUCUCGUUUUCUGUAUAAAAUGUUUUUAUACGGAUUUUAAGAGAUCGUAACAGCGUAUCACGUUGAUUGAUGGGACGGUUGCAAUAUGUUUUUGACUAUGAAAUUACUGGGAACAUUGUUUGAAAUCUGGUGCUGCUGACCAAACUCUCAUUUUGGGAUAUUCCUAUUGCGAAAUAAACUAUUCCAAAAUGGAAUCUGCUGUUUAGUUAAUUACGUGAAAUGAAGACACGUUCCUUAGUUUGUUGAAAUUUAUUUGUUGAAUGCAACCGGCUCACUAUUAAAUAAUUAUGGAAUUUUAUAUUUAUUUCAUAUGAAUGCUUUGUAUUUAAAAAUAUUUAUUCUUCUCUAUUACCUGAAUUAUUAUGCAAGGCGAGUUUCGUUUUCAAGAAAAUUAUGUGUUCAUUCAGUUUGCAUCGAAAAUUGUACCAGCCAACAGUAUUUUAUAGUCCUUUGUUAUUUUUUUGAACAAUGACUCGCCCUGUAUAUGAACACCUGUUCACCUGGGGGAUUUUCAAAAUGGAAAUAAGACCUGUUUGGGACCCAAGACUCAAAGAACCGUUUUGCUCAAAAAUAUUUUGAAUGCCCCGUAGGUGAAUAUUAGACAAGCGGAGUGGUAGACGACAAACGUCUGAUAGAAACGAAUUUGUUAAAAUUAGCCAGUAACAUGAAAAGAUGAUUACAUUAGUCGGCCUCUAAUAUUGAUCUGUCCACUGGUAGGACGAAUGUAGAAAUGGUAUCUAAUUUUUUUUUCUACGUCUCCUCAUUUCAUUUUUCCAUAACAGCAAAAAUCAAUAUAUGAGGUCUAGUUUUCGUUAAUUUAUCUGAAUAUGUGAAAGCCUCAAUUUUUUAUUCAAGUUAUUUGAAAUGACUGUAUCUGUAUGGGUAUCCUUCAGAAUUUUAGUCUCAUCUAUGCCAAUUCCAUUUCCGCAACUUUCUCCCCGCUCAUAAGAAACAACCUUUCCAAAUAUCGUUCAUGAAUUAUUUAUUUUGAUUUUCGUAAUACUGCGUAAGCCUAUGCUGAAUUUGUUGGGGGAUUUAAUACCUCUUGAAAAUACAUGACUUUCAUAAAUGACCAACACUUGAUGAAAAAGUUUACAAAACCGCAACAUGUGUUUCGCUAUAUAAUAGCAUCAUCAGGCGUAUUGUAGGAUUAUUAUGACGCCUGAGGAUGCCAUCGUAUAGCGAAACACGUGUCGCGGUUUUGUGUUUUGAAUACAUGACUUUCAUAAUUCUGAACUUGAAAAUUAGUUUUCAGGAAAUAAUUUGCUAAAAGUUCUUUUUCAUAAGUUUAGAUAUUAAUUACGUCUAAGAUCUUUCCUAGCUAAACAUACAAAAAUAUGGCACCGGAAUACAGAGUAUUUUCUUUAUAAAAUAUUCAAAAAACACAUCAUAAUGUUAUAUUACACUUGAAAGUUUAUAAAAUCGUGACAGGUGUUUCGCUAUAGCAUCUUUAGGCGUCACAGUACAUCCGAAGAUGCUAUGCACGCUAUUGUAUAUGCUAUGUAGAUGUUAUUGUAUAGCCAAACACGUGUCACAGUUUUGUGAAGUUUCAUGUGGAAAUCUCAUAUUACUGUGUUUUUCUAAGUACGUUAUGCCUGUGUGGUUGAUUUUACUUUUACCGCCCCAACAACCAAAUAAUUUGAACGGCAUGACCCAGUAAAUCACAAUUUUUUAUAAAAAAAACUAGGUUCACAAAAGCGGUAAGAGAAUGUAUGACCUUUGAAGAUAGAUUUCACUUUUUCAAAAAGUGGAUGGCGUUUGGGUAAGAAAAAUCCCAGUCAUAAUUGGUAUCCAAAUAAAAUGACACCCUAAAAACUCAGCAUGGGACUGAGGUUCAUUAUCAAUUAUUUCAUUAGGAGUUUUCUCAUUUUUUUAUCUUUCCCUGGAACCAUUAAAUAUUAUAGCAAAGUUAACGCUUUCAACGUCGACAAAAUGAAUAUUCUGCCUUCUAAUUCUAUUCACUUCUAUGAAAUAUUUUUCAUGUAGUCCCUAUACUCUACAGAUUAAAUAAUUUUUCAUAUCUCUGUCAGUCUCCAUGAAAGGUCUUGAAGCGGAACUUCAAAAAUCAUUCUUCAUUUCAAGCAGUUCUUAAAGGCAUUAACCAGUAUGCUUUCCAAGAUUUCUGAGAGUUUCCAAUUAGGCAUCUAGUUCCAGCUAUAGUCUUCUUAGUGCUCUAUCAGCACAAUAACGUGUAUCCAUUUUUUUAAAAAGCCUGUAUUCAUUUUCUCACUUAGACUGACGAUUUUUAUCACUGGAACACAAAAGUACGUCUGCCAAAAAGGAUGAUAAAAACUCGUGAUGCUAUCGCAAAAUCUAAUUCAUAACUAAACGGGUCUUAUUAGAAAAGCUGGCAGUGAUAUAUCUACAUUUCUGUCAUUGGCUUAAAAAUUGUAGAUGUGAUGGUGAUCAGAUGUAGCUCUACCAAUCCUUGUAAAAACUUCACUUAUUGGUCUUUUUUAGUCAAUUUUUAGUAUGGGUUAGAUUGAUUCUCAUCCUUUAGUUUUGUUUUGCACUCAGGUACAGUAAUUGUGAAAAUUAUCACUUAGUAUUUUAAUUUUAUAGUUACGAAAUGCAUAGGUUGAAAAUAUAUUGUUAAUUUGUACAUGGUAAUACUGUAAAUGAAAGGGUAUAUAUUUAUAUACAUAUAUAUAAUUAUGAUGAAAAUGAUAAAAUUUUGAUAGAGACCAAGUGGACAGUGCCUUUUUACUAUCACCUCCAAAUUAGGGGUUUUUGUGCUUGUUUGGGGCAACAUACAUAUGAUUGUAACAUGCCUUAAUUAUGUUAGUAUUAAAUAUUUGAUUCUUUA